GCUCUGCAGCCAGACCCAUCUCGGUUCCGCUCGGGUGUAACUGUUUAACUGAAAACCUGCACGUGCUCAGUACGUCCGCUUUUCACAGAUGAGUUUUUUAAGGCGCGGAAUUUGAAAAUUUAGCACAAACAUUACAGUAAUGAGCUCUGACUCAGCGUGCUUAUUUAGCUGUGCAGCAUCUUCUGACUUAGGAUAUCAAAAUAAGUUGUGUACGACCCCGAUCCUCUGGUGGACCCCCACGGUCAGUCAUGCAGUCCUGCAGUUCUGCUCUCUUAUCCUGAUCUUACUGAUCUCUGCAGUCACUGCUGUGUCUGAAUCAGCUGUUGGUCCAGUGAAGGUGAAGCUUCAUGACUCUGCUACUCUGCCCUGCUCUGAGAGAUGUUCUGGUUUGGUCAGAUGGACUGUGUUCCAUAAACCCACUGAUUUUCUGGCUGAGUGUGAUCAGACUUCAUGUAGAUCAAAGGAGGGAUAUCAGAUGAUCCAUGAUCAGUACCUGAAGGGGAAUCUCUCUCUCACCAUCACUGACGCUGAUUUCAGUAAGAGAGGCUGGUACACGUGUGACUGUGAUGGUAAAGAUCUCUGUGAUGUUCAGCUACAGAUUGAACCCCUAAACACUACAGUUCAGAUAAAGCCUGGUGAAUCUCUGGUGCUGAAGUUGGACAUUUCAGAUCCAGUGGAGGUGAUUUAUAACAGCACAGGUUCAGCUGGACCAUCCAGUGGUCAGAUCUGUACAGUGGAUGGAGGUUCAUUACAGUGUAAACCUGAACACACACAGAGAGCUUCAGUAAUCUCUGCUCUUGAGCUGAGAGCAGUGACUCCAUCUGAUAGUGGAGUUUAUACUGUAAUGGACAAAAGGAAUGAAGAAGUUAUUCGUACCUACACUGUGACCAUUCAAGGUGACCAGUCAGAUCUGGACACAGAUGAAGGAGCUGCUGUACCAGAGUGGGUGAUUGUACUGAGUGUGAUGGUGGCUGCACUCGUAGCUGUGAUUAUGGUAUCAGUGGUGGUGAUUGUGCGGCUGAGGAGAGAAAUUCAGCUUCUACAAGCGGAAGAUACAAGUAACAGACAUCAAAGGAAUCAUCACUACAGUCCAGGUGUUAAGAGACCGUCACCCCACAAGAAUGAAUGACCAGGUUAAGAUGAGGAUGAGAGGUUAAUAUCAGCAUUUGAAAUCAUAAUCAGCUCUUCUUUCUGAAAUCUAUAAUUUUACGGAAAUUUUCAAUAAAGGUUUUGCAGAAAAACUGUUAUUUUACAGAUUUUUACCAAAUUAUUAUGAUCAAACACCAUCAAUAAAAAUGCUGUGGCCUAGA